GGAAAGCGGACAGAGCCGCGCGCAGUCUAAUAUUUUCCGCUCGCGGCGCUCACGGACCGACGCGGGCGGCAUUCAACAGGCCGGUAUUUAUAGAUUCGAGAGUUUCGCGCAAAGCUACACAACGUUUUCGGCGUGAAAAUCCGGCUCCUGUCCUCGUCAAAGUCUACCGACGAUCGACGGCCACUAAUUCCGUCCUACGACCUGCUGUUCUAACUAGUGUCAGAGUCGUGUCCAAGUUUCGCAAGUACUUCCGCAGAAGUGUGGCCGCAGCCGAGGUGUCCAACGCAACCGCCUAGCUGACGUUUGAACAUUUCUAGCGCUGCUUUUGGCCGCGACACGAAACAACAUGCACCGCACACGGACUUCCCGUCGACUUUGAAAAAAGAAGAACAGUUUUGCGUUUGGAGGGACGCGUUCAAAGUCGUAAGAUUUAAAAGAAGACUUCGUGUCUAACGUUUGACAAAUGUUCACUCAUCUCUCAUAUCGUCGAACCGGGAGCUGACUCGUCAAGGUCGCGGCACUUCUGCUGACCCAGUUCUCGUCGUAAACGAGUUUCUUCUUCAGAGGUCAUACGUUAAUUCCGUUAACGAUGUGACGCGGCGCGCUGGACGUUUCGUCGAACUCGUCCGAUCGGCAGGAAGUGAUCGGUGGGGAAGGAAGAUGUCCGAGCGGGAAUUCUUCGACGAUUACGCUGCGCGGCGGCCAGGAAUUCGGGCGUCGUGGGACGGCAAGCUGAGAAGAUAGCAUCCGAGAAUUCGGAUCAGGGACUUGUCUGACAGACGUCAGUGCCGUUCACGACACCGCGUGGAAUCGAUUAUUACGGAAGAUGAUCGGACAAUCCAGAAGAGAUUUUCUAAAUAAUUCGUAUACACAAAACACGAUAGAAGAUGAAAUUCGUAAAGGAGGUAUUUAAAAAUGAUAAGUACGCCCGUGCGACGAACUGAUUAAUUGAAGUGGAGGAGAUGGCAGUGAGAGAGUGAAAAAAUCAAGCUUGGAAGAUGAUGUUCACGGCUGGUGCGCACGCGAGGAGGAGGAACGCCGGGGGUGGCUCGGGUCAGAGGUCCUCCGCGGACCGCAGGAGCUCGCAGGCUCGCGCGGGCGCGGAAAGAUACACUUACAGGACGAGAGUCCCGGUGUUGAAUCCCGCGGAGCUGCCGCCGACGACGUCUACUGGGAGGACGUACGUCUACCGGACGAGAGUCCCUCGUAGGGACGUCGCGGCCGCGGCUGCAAACGCGUCUCACCCGCACCCGAGCCACGUGGGUGGCGGCCCGAUCACCAAGAGAAGGGGCGCGGUGAAACAAAACAAGGUCCACGUGGUCCGUGGUCACAGACUGGUGGCAAAAUUCUUCCGCACGCCGACGUUCUGCGCCUUCUGCAAGGACUUCCUCUGGGGCUUCGGGAAGCAAGGGUACCAGUGCCAAGCCUGCCAAACCGCCGUGCACAAGAAGUGCCACGAUAAAUUGUUAACCAAGUGCCCGGAGAGCGGCAGGGAAUCGGAGAACACGGUUUACUUGAAGGAGCGUUUCAAGGUAGAUGUGCCUCACAGGUUCCGGCCGCACACAUUCAUGUCGCCGACCUUUUGCGACCACUGCGGUUCCAUGUUAUACGGGCUGUUCAAGCAGGGUCUCAGAUGUGACGGUAAGAAUCACCUGCGCCGCGACAGACCUACGAUAAAAAUCAGAUGCCAGGCACUGAAGGACAAUCCUGCUUUACGGGAGCAUUACGAGAAGCAUGAGAAGUCUGUCAGCGAAUUACUACUGGAGAAGUACCUGAUCAAGGAUAAGAAACUCGAAGAAGAGGAGAAACGUCUGCAACUGUUUCACCAGGUGAGUUUGGAAACGGACGAGGAUGAGGACGAGUUGCAGCAGAUGAAGAAUAAAGUCCGGAGAAGAUUCACGAGGAGGAGGUCCUCCGCGGAUAUACAGUUGGACCCUGAGCAGAUCGAGAGGGAAGUGGCUUACGCGCAGGUGCAGGCCAAGGUCUUGGACACUCUGGUUGCUGAAGAGCAGGCGGAGAUCGAGAACGAAGUGCGUAGGGGGACUUUGAUAAAAAAGGGAUCUAUCGGAGGGCCUAGGACUGUCCCUGGGUUUUUCAGAAACGGCGACGGAGAGCCAGUGUCCCAGGAGGAAGACGAGGCUGCUGCCCAGAAGAUGAAGACGUUGAAGAAGCUGAAGAAGAAGAAGAAAAGCAGUAACAAGCCUUCACCGCCUGGGGAUAAUAGGGAAUGUGAAACGUCGAGUGAGAUGUCUGGAGACGUGCAGACGAGCGAGAAUGAUGAAGAGGAGGCGCGGAGGCAGCCUAGAUUGUUCAAGGUGGAAGCUAGUAAUAGCGUCGGUGAUUUUUCUACUGUAUUAGUGAACAGUGGGCCGGUGGAACAGUUCAGGGAGAGCGUGAGAAUACCAGUUCCGAAGAAAUUAAUGAGACCUGGGAGGUUCGAAGUUGAAGAGGAAUCGGAAACGGAAAUUGUCCUGCCUGUUAAGAAGCCUUAUGUGAAAGAUACUUCGAGGAACAGUGUGCACUUCACUGUGAAAACGCCUACGGAUACUCUGAAGAGCGAUCCUCUUAAGAAAUUGGAGAUUGAUAGUCAAUUUGUUCAGAAGUCUGAAGAGAAGAAAAUUUAUGAUGCACCUUCGGAGGUUGAAAAAAAUAAGAAUCUGAAGAAGGGUAAGGGCAUUCCAAAAAAGGAUGAGACAGAAAUUGCUGAGAACAAAGUUAAAGAUUCUCCAAAGUCUGUAGCUAAAACUGUAUUAGACAAGAAGGCUACGGAUUCUUCUGUGACAAAUGAGAAGAGUUUAGACUCUACGAAAUCUCCUGGUACUUUUGUAUCGAAACAUGAGACUACUAAUGUGUUAGAGAAGAAGACUACAGAUGUUCCUGUCACUUCUGUGUCGAGCGAACCAACUGGUUUAAGCAAGAAGAGUCCAGACUCUCAAAAAUUUCCUGAUACUUCUGUAGUAAAGAAUGAGGUUCCCUCUGUGUUUGAUAAGAAAAUUCCAGAUCUUUCAACAUCAAAAAACGAAGCAACUGCCUCAAACAAAAUGAGUCCAGAUUCUCCCAAAUCUUCUCUUAACUUUGAAUCGAAGAAAGAAACUUCAGUCCCAGAAAAGAAGACAACAGAAUCUCCAGGAUCUCCCUUAUCGAAGAGCCCCACAAUUUUAGAUAAGAAACCAGAAACACCAGUUUUAAACAAGAAGAGUCCAGACUACCCUAAAUCUCCUCUUACCAUCGAAUCAAAGAAGGAAACUUCUAUAGCAGAACAGAAAAUCGUGGAACCUCCAGGAUCUCCCUUAACGAAGACCCCCACAAUUUUGGAUAAGAAACCAGAAACACCAGUUUUAAACAAGAAGAGUCCAGAUUCCCCUAAAUCUCCUCUUACCAUCGAAUCAAAGAAGGAAACUUUUAUAGCAGAAAAGAAAAUUAUAGAAUCUCCAGGAUCUCCCUUAACGAAGACCCCCACAAUUUUAGAUAAGAAACCAGAAACACCAGUUUUAAACAAGAAAAGUCUAGACUCCCCUAAAUCUCCUCUUACCAUCGAAUCAAAGAAGGAAAUUUCUGUAGCAGAAAAGAAAGUUGUAGAACCUCCAGGUUCUCCCUUAACGAAGAGCCCCACAAUUUUGGAUAAGAAACCAGAAGCUCCAGUUUUAAAUAAGAAGAGUCCAAACUCUCCUAAAUCUCCUCUUAGCAUCGAAUCAAAGAAAGACAUUUCUGUAGCAGAAAAGAAAAUCGUGGAACCUCCAGGAUCUCCUUUAACGAAGACCCCCACAAUUUUAGAUAAGAAACCAGAAACACCAGUCUUAAACAAAAAAAGUCUAGAUUCCCCUAAAUCUUCUCUUAAGUUUGAAUCGAAGAAAGAAACUUCAGUCCCAGAAAAGAAGAUCACAGAAUCUCCAGGAUCUCCCUUAACGAAGACCCCCACAAUUUUAGAUAAGAAACCAGAAACACCAGUCUUAAACAAAAAAAGUCUAGAUUCCCCUAAAUCUUCUCUUAAGUUUGAAUCGAAGAAAGAAACUUCAGUCCCAGAAAAGAAGAUCACAGAAUCUCCAGGAUCUCCCUUAACGAAGACCCCCACAAUUUCGGACAAAAAACCAGAAACACCAAUUUUAAUCAAGAAGAGCCCAGACUCUCCCAAAUCUCUUACCUCUGAAUCAAAGAAAGAAACAUCUAUACAAGUAAAGAAGACUGUAGACACUCCUGGAUCUCCCAUCUCGAAGAACGCAGUCGGUUCAGACAAAAAGAUCUUAGAUAAAAAAUGGCCAAUCGGUCCAGUGACGAAGAACGCCGCGUUUCCCGAUGCGAGUAAAGACGUCGAGGCGAAGAGGAUCGAAGAGAGGAACGUGACUGUAAUUGUUGACCCGUUGUCGCGGCCGAGCAGCGCCAGCGUAGCCGAGGCGGAGGAGCGGUUGCCAAAAGCGUCUAAAAUUAAUACGGAUGAAAAUAAUGCCGUAGAAGCGCCAAAGCGUUGGUUACGCGAGCCGACUGAGUGCCUGCCAGCGGUGCCGACGAAAGCCGACGUACGCGACGAGGUGGCGAGUUCGCCGUUCCCGGGAAAGAACGUGGACGAAGCCGUGACCUUGAGGAACGCCCACGCGACGAUCGGUGCCCCUGGCGAACGAUCGAAGAGGAACGAUUCGGUGGCUUCCUCUUCUCCCGAUGACGCGAUUGAGCAUGUGACUAAGACGACCUUAGCUCGAAAGAGUGACGCGCAGAAGACGGAUUCGAAAGAGAACAAGAAGAAGGAUGAUGACAAGGUGAUAAAAGAAGAUUUGAAAUCUGUUAAAGAAUCGAAGCAAUCGAGUUCAACGGAUGAGAAAAUGCCUAGUGAGAAAUUAUUGCUAAACGGUGGUACAAUAUCGAAGAGCGCUUCCACCGAGUCGAUCGAUUUUUGGAACGAGAUCCGCGGCCCGGAGAGCCCGCAGGUGACGAGGCCGAAGGGUUUCGCGUUUUCCAAGAGCUCGGAGGGGCCGUCGGGUCAGCCGGUCGAGGACCUCGGCGUCGUCGGUCUGGACAAGAAAAAAGAGACCGGUGCUAAAAUAAGCGUCGCCACUCCGCCGUCGGAGUUCAGUAAUAUCCCCGUAAUCGAGGAGGAGUCGUCGAAACGCGGCGCGGUCUCGACGAAACCCGAGCCGGCUAAGAAAGGAUUGAAGAAGAGGAAGGAUCUGUCGAUAGCGAUCGAUACUAAUAAAGAAUUAUAUUCUACUAUUAAGAAAGCUCCGGUGAAGAGGGAGGAUUCAACGGCGUCGACGACAUCUUCCAAGAGCACUCCUGACACUUGCUUGCCAGUUUCCGAAGCGUCCACACCUGUCUUCGACGUCUCCGUGCCUCUGAUAAAUAUCGUUCAAGAACCAACGCCUACGAAAACUGAUUCGCAACCAGUCGACGAGGAGGACGAGCCUAAGACACCGACGAACGAAUGGUCGGACGGUGUCCAGCCAAGAAUAUCCAAAUGGAACAAUCAUAACGACUUGUCUAACGUCGACGACGCUGAGAAGGACGUCACACCCGUGCCUUCGAAGGACGUCAGCGUGAACUGUACUCCGGAGGACACUCCGGAAUCCUCGAAGAAGAAGAAGCUUGUCAGAAAGAAGAAAUCGUCGACGACUAAGAAAGCCAGUAAGAAAGACUCGAAGAAGGCUAGUAAAGAUUCCAAGAAGAAUUCCUCGAAGUCGCAGGAAGUGAUUAAACCAGUGGAGAACAAGACCGGUGCUAAGAACAGUCCUAAGAACGCGCCUGUGCAACGUCCGGUGGAUCUCAUCAGGAUGUUUUAUACUACUCCUUCGGCUCUGUUGACUGCCACGCCCAGGGACCUGUCCAAAGUCCGUCGAGCGAAGAUCAAGAGGAAAAAACAUCAUUCGAGGACGCCUUCGGUGAGCAGCGACAGCACCGGAAGUACCACGAGCACUGCGACCACAGGAAGUAGUAGUUCUACGUGUACGGAGCUCGACGACGAUCCUGAACACAAGAGGAUCAAUUCUACGAGGAGCAACGAUUCUGGAUUCGAUGGAUCACCGAGGAUAUCUACACCCUCGCAGUCGUCAGACACUCAGAGGAACUCGGACUCGUCGGAUCACUUCCCCAGCGGGAGGAUCACACCACCAGCUACAAAUCUGCCGAGGUUCAAGAAAUACGCUGUCACGGACUUCAACUUUCUCAAAGUCCUGGGCAAAGGCAGUUUUGGCAAGGUGCUGCUAGCAGAACUCCGCGGGACCGAGUGCGUCUACGCAGUUAAGUGCCUGAAAAAAGACGUGGUGCUGGAGGACGACGAUGUCGAGUGUACUUUAAUCGAGAGAAAAGUCCUGACCCUGGCAACGAGGCAUCCAUACCUCUGUCAUCUAUUCUGCACGUUCCAAACGGAUUCCCAUUUGUUCUUCGUAAUGGAGUACUUGAACGGUGGCGACCUCAUGUUUCACAUACAGAAAUCGGGCCGGUUUCCGGAGGCUCGUGCUCGGUUCUAUGCUGCUGAGAUCUGGUCCGGCUUGAUUUUUCUACAUAAGAAAGGAAUUGUGUACAGGGACUUGAAACUGGACAACGUUUUACUAGACUUUGAAGGUCACAUUAGGAUAGCGGAUUUUGGUAUGUGCAAGCUGCAGAUUUUCCUCGACAGGACUGCUGAUUCGUUCUGUGGAACGCCUGACUACAUGGCCCCUGAGAUCAUAAAGGGACUGAAAUACAAUCAGGCUGUCGACUGGUGGUCGUACGGCGUGCUUCUCUACGAGAUGCUCACGGGACAGUCGCCGUUCUCCGGCUGCGACGAGGAGGAGCUAUUUUGGAGUAUAUGCAACGAGAGACCGUUCAUACCCCGUUACCUGGGACAAGAGGCCACCGACAUUCUGGUAGCCCUGUUGGAAAAGGAUUCCGGGAAGAGGCUGCCCGGCCACGAAAUCGCCGUCCACUCCUUCUUCCAUCAAAUACAGUGGGACAGACUGGAGAGGAGAACACUGGAUCCUCCGUUCAAACCAGCCCUCGAACACACGUUGGACACGAAGUAUUUCGACACAGCGUUCACAGCUGAAAGGCCGCGGUUGACGCCAGUGCCGGACCAGAUCCUCACCUCAAUGGACCAGGGCGUCUUCCGUGGUUUCUCCUACACGAAUCCGAACGCGACAGACUGAACGAGUCGAA